AUGGAUGUGAAGACAACUGUAGAAUCAGUCAUAGCACUUGCAUUUGUAAUUUUUGACAAAACCAGUGAUGAACUGCCAUUGGCCUUUGACAAGAUGCAUGGAUUCUCCGCUGUUGAUGGCUUUGUGGAGAUAAAUGAGAGCUUGGCUGAGAUGAUUAAGUACGUGGCAAAUGAACCCGCAGUUGGACUUUUCUAUGUUCAGCAGCAUACACAAAAUGCAGUUCCGAAUGUCAUUAGGCUCAAGAAUAAUGUUGUGGAGAAGUCACGUGAAACAAACUUGCACACUGAAGACUUAGAGGAUUCUAUCACCAUGAUGAAGUCAAUGAAAGAAUGUGGUUUCCCUGUUGCUGAUGAGAUGAUUAGAGACAUCCGGAAAUCUUUAGCAACAAUGUCAACUAAACAAGCAAGAAGAGGAUUAAUUAAUAACCCAGCUGCAGGUUUUCAGAUGGGUAGAGCCGGCUCAUGGGGACCAAGCACCUGGGGUCGUAAUGGGGAUGGUGCCGGCAAGGAUGGCAAAAGAACGAGCAAUUACAUUUCAACUGUAUUUAAGAGUGCCAAAGAAAAAGCCAGCAAUUUUAAGUGGCCACAACUUGAUUCAAAAGAAUCAAUCACAAACCAGGCAGAAAAACUACUCUCUUAUCCUAUUUCAUCACAAGUGGUCACUAGCACUAGCUCAUCUCUGCCUGAAGCAGAAGCUGAUGAACCGCCCUUGUCAAGUCGUACUGUUGAUGGACAACGGUUAGAUGAAGAACAGGAUCAGUCUGGUGUAAAUUUGCCACAUCAUAAAAUAUUGUUGGUAACAGAAAACUACGACGACUUCAAGGCCAAUAAGGAAGCCAAGCUAGAGGAGUGGUUGGGAGGGACUGCUGACAACCUAGAUAAACUGCAAGAGGGCAAAUGA